UUCGUGACAAACAUGGCGGACAAUAAAGUAAACAGUGUUCCUGAUGCUGACAGCUCGCCGAAUACCGGCGAUUCUUCAACAACCCUCAUUUCGACACAGUCACUGGGAGAUGAAAAACACGAGGAUAUUGUGCCUAAAUACAGCCAGGACCUUAAAAGCGUCCUGGUUACCAGCGUUUUAAACCUGGAAAAGCUCGAUGUAGACUUAUACAGAGGGACACAUCACUGGGUACCCCGCACUCAGCGCUUGUUUGGGGGUCAAAUAAUUGGUCAAGCCCUUGUUGCUGCAGCCAAAUCUGUCAGUGAUCACCUGUAUGCCCACUCUCUACACUGCUACUUUGUCAGAGCAGGGGAUCCUAAAGUUCCCGUGCUGUACCAGGUGGACCGCACGAGAGAUGGUCGCAGUUUUACAGUGCGCUCGGUGAAAGCCAUCCAGCAUGGACAACCCAUAAUGAUCUGCCAGGCGUCCUUCCAAAUGCCACAGCCAAGCCCCCUGCAGCACCAGUUCACCAUGCCGGUGGUUGUUCCGCCUGAAGAACUCCUUACUGUGGAGGAACUCAUCCAGAUUUAUCUCAGUAAACCCGACCUGGCUGAAAAUGCGAGACAAGGCUUUAGCAAACUGCUGGCAAAUGAAGUCCCCAUUGACAUCAAACCAGUCAACCCUUCACAGUUUUACAGACCUGCCGCAGCUGACCCUAAGAAAUUAUUUUGGGUGCGAGCACGUGGACACAUUGGUGAAGGCAACAUGAAGCUGCAUUGUUGCGUUGCUGCUUAUAUAUCGGAUUUUGCCUUACUGGGCAUUGCAAUUCUGCCUUAUCCAAAGUACAGGGCCGAGUUCACGGCCUCCCUGGACCACGCCAUGUGGUUUCACAACACAUUCCGCAGCGAUGAAUGGUUGUUGUACGAGUGUGAGAGCCCAUGGGCAGGGGGCAGUAGAGGACUGGUUCAAGGCCGUCUGUGGAGAAGAGAUGGGGUUCUGGCUGCUUCUUGUUCACAGGAGGGGGUCUUGAGAGUCAAACCAGUGGCAGAGCCCAGCAAACUGUAGUUUUAUAGGUUGUGUAAUUUUAUUUAAAAAUAUUUUAUUUAAUUUUCUCAUUACCGGAAAUAAAUCGUUGAAAAAGGACACCUGAUUUGUACUAAGUUUUCAGACCCUUGGCCGUCAAAUGCUAAGAUCUAAUAGUGAUCACAUUAGAUAAUACUCAGAUCUUAUUAUGACAUGAUUUGUACUUCAAAUAUGUUGGUACUGAUCAGUGAAUAGUAAGCCUACACUGUUAAAAGUGAUUUAGGCUUUUAGUCAGGACUAUUGUUGUCAAGUUGACAGAACAAAUUGCCCAUCACAACCAAGUUAGAAGAGUUAUGACAACUUCAACUAGCCAAAAACAUGACAACUCAUUAAAACCCCAUAUUAAUAAGUUCAGUUGACUUCAGGACAUAAGUCAAGGUGGGCCUUUCAACUAACACGCUUGCACCAGCAAUGUGCCGUCACGCGCACUGUUGAACCUUGAAAAUCUAAUCAAAUAAGAUGCCACGUGGGUGGCAUGGCUCAGUGGGUACAGGGAGUGUCCUUGAAAAAAAGUCAGGUUGUAAACUGAGGGUUGCCGGUUCAAUUCCAGCCAAGUCAAACUCAUGUCAAGGUUCCCUGCUCCUGAUUGGUUGUGGUUAUUGCUUUGUGCAUGAUAAUGUGUGUACUGAUUACAUAUACAGUCAAAUAGUGGCCGCAGGAAAAAGUAGUGAUAUAUACCUUGUUUAUAGCAGCCAUUCAUUUUGCAUCCCUAAACUAGACAUGUCCGAUAAUGGCUUUUUUGCCAAUAUCCGAUAUUCCGAUAUUGUCCAACUCUUAAUUACCGAUUCCGAUAUCAACCGAUACAUACAGUUGUGGAAUUAACACAUUAUGCCUAAUUUUGUUGUGAUGCCCCGCUGGAUGCAUUAA